AUUCCGACUCUGGAUCUGAAUCUGAGUCUGACCAGGAGAAUGCUGGCUCUGGUAGUAAUGCUUCUGGAAGUGACAGUGACCAGGACGAUGACAGAGAGGCAGUAAAACCUAGUAAUAAGGAGUUAUUUGGAGACGACAGUGAGGAUGAAGGGGCAUCCCAUCACACAGGGAGUGACAACCACUCCGAAAGAUCCUACAAUCGCUCUGAAGCUUCAGGACAUUCUGAGCAUGAAGAUAAUGACCAGUCAGAUGUGGACCAGCACAGUGCUUCAGAAGCCGCUCAUGAUGAUGAGGAUGAUGAUCGUGGGCAUGGGUCUGAUGAAGGCAGUCAUCAUUCAGAGGGAGAUGGUUCUGAAAAAGCCCAUUCAGAGGAUGAGAAGUGGGGCAAGGAGGACAAAAGCGAUCAGUCAGAUGAUGAGGAGAGACAGCAGAACUCUGAUGAUGAGGAGAGACAGCAGAACUCUGACGAUGAGGAAAAAGCGCAGAACUCUGAUGAAGAUGAAAGGCCGCAGGUAUCUGAUGAUGAGGAAAGACUCCAGAACUCAGACGAGGAGAAAAUGCAGAACUCUGAUGAUGAGGAGAGGCCACAGGCCUCUGAUGAGGAGAAGAUGCAGAACUCAGAUGAUGAUGAAAGGGCCCAGCACUCUGACGAGGAGAAGAUACAGAACUCUGACGAUGAUGAACGGGCCCAGCACUCUGAUGAGGAGGACCAAGAGCACAAAUCUGUAGAGUCUGCAAGGGGCAGUGACAGCGAAGAUGAAGUCCUGCGAAUGAAGCGAAAGAAACCCAUUGCAUCAGAUUCGGAAGCAGACAGUGAUACAGAAGGACAGAAAGAGCAUGCAGAUGUCAUGGACCUAUUUGGAGGUGCAGAUGACAUUUCCUCAGGGAGUGAUGGAGAAGAUAAGCCACCAACUCCAGGACAGCCCAUUGAUGAGAAUGGACUGAGUCAAGAACAACAGGAAGAAGAGCCUAUUCCAGAGACUAGAAUAGAAGUAGAAAUACCAAAAGUAAACACAGACUUGGGUAAUGAUUUGUAUUUUGUGAAGCUGCCCAACUUCCUUAGUGUGGAGCCCAGACCUUUUGACCCCCAGUAUUACGAAGAUGAAUUUGAAGAUGAGGAGAUGCUUGAUGAAGAGGGUAGAACAAGGUUAAAGCUCAAGGUAGAAAACACAAUACGAUGGCGGAUGCGACGAGAUGAGGAAGGGAACGAGAUCAGAGAAAGUAAUGCACGGAUAGUCAAGUGGUCAGAUGGAAGCAUGUCUCUUCACUUGGGCAACGAAGUCUUUGACGUGUACAAGGCGCCAUUACAGGGAGAUCACAACCAUUUGUUUAUCAGACAAGGGACAGGUCUGCAAGGACAGGCUGUUUUCAAGACAAAAUUAACCUUCAGGCCACACUCUACAGACAGUGCCACUCACAGGAAGAUGACUCUGUCUCUGGCAGAUAGAUGCUCAAAGACCCAGAAAAUCCGUAUUCUGCCAAUGGCAGGUCGGGAUCCAGAGUCUCAGCGGACAGAAAUGAUUAAGAAAGAAGAGGAGAGAUUAAGAGCUUCUAUUCGCAGAGAAUCUCAGCAGCGAAGAAUGCGGGAGAAGCAGCAUCAGCGUGGUCUGAGUGCAAAUUAUUUGGAGCCUGACCGCUACGAUGAAGAGGAUGAGGGAGAUGAUGCAAUCAGUCUAGCAGCUAUCAAAAACAGAUACAAAGGUGGCAUCAGAGAGGAACGUGCUAGAAUCUACUCUUCUGACAGCGAUGAAGGCUCAGAUGAAGAUAAAACACAAAGACUACUCAAGGCAAAGAAACUUACUAGUGAUGAGGAAGGUGAACCUUCUGGAAAGAGAAAAGCAGAGGAUGAUGACAAAGCAAGUAAGAAGCAUAAGAAAUAUGUGAUCAGUGAUGAAGAGGAAGAUGAUGAUGAUUAAUAUUAAGGAAGCACAGAAGUUGAUUUUUUUUUUUAUACAUAUAUUUAUAUAUAUAUUGUACAGUUCUCUUACAGCGAAGAUGUAAGUAACCAUAAUGGGGUUAUUUUGAUAAAGGAAAAUUCCAUUGAAGUCUGAGUUUCUGAUGUGAAUAAAGUUUUUUGACUUCCUUUU